UAUAUAUACAGCGAAAAAGCUUUUCUAAUCAACUUGCUUCUCUCUUUAGCCAUUGACGUGGGUUCCCACUAGCAGCUUUCUUGUCUGCUCCAUCUCCAUUGGCUCUCUCUCUCUCUUACUCUUUUCUUUUGUUCCUUCAAUCAACACAAACAUAGGUUUCUACUCUUCUUCUAUGGUCUCACUCUUCUCGUACAAAGAGUUUAGUUUUUUUUUUUAAUUUGUUGGAAGGGGAAAAGUUACAGUUUUCUUUUCCUUUUGUAAAUCGCAUAUAGAUUUUUAAAAAGGGUAAAAACUAAAAACUUAAGUUUUGAUUCUGGGGGAAAUAAUUAAUCAGAUGGCUCAGCAGAGACAGUUUCAGAUGGAAGGUGGUAAUAACGAUACGAAGCUGACGAAAAUCUUCGUUGGAGGAUUAGCAUGGGAGACGCAGAAAGAUACAAUGAGACGUUACUUCGAACAGUUUGGUGAAAUAGUAGAAGCUGUCGUCAUCACCGAUAAGAACACUGGCAGAUCCAAAGGCUAUGGCUUUGUGACGUUUAUGGAAGCGGAAGCAGCUAUGAGAGCCUGUCAGAAUAUGAAUCCUGUGAUUGAUGGAAGAAGAGCUAAUUGCAAUCUUGCUUUUCUUGGUGCUCACAAACCUCGUCCUCCUACUUCUCCUAGACAUGGGAGAUUUAGGUCACCAGGAGGAGCAGGAUUAGUGGCUCCUUCUCCUCAGUUUCGAGGCUCUUCUUCUUCCUCUGCUUUGGCUCAUCAUCAUCAACAACAACAACACGUUGGUCAAUUCCCAUUUCCUUACUCUUCUUACGGAUUUUCUGGUUAUUCUCAACAGGGAAUGUACCCAAUGAAUUACUACAACAAUCAUCUCUAUGGAGGACAACAGUAUUCUCCAUAUAUGGGACCUCCAUCUUCGGGAUCAACAGGAAUGUUCCAUGGCUACUAUCCUUAUUAUCCUCAGUACAAUCCAGCACAAAGUAGCAAUCAAGCUCAAGCUCAAACACAUCAUCAUGGUUUCAGCUUUCAAUACACUGCUACUACUCCUCCUCCUCUUUUGCAAUACCCUUACUUGCCUCAUCAGCAAUUCAGUUCCCAGCCUCCUCCACCACCAAUCCUCUCCCUCCCAACCUCUUUGGCUCUAUCAUUAGCAUCUUCAGCUUCAUCUUCUUCCUCUUUGUCAACCUCCACUUCAGCUGCAACAACUGCAACAAAAGCAGUUGUUAUAAUUACUACAACAGCAGAAGCUGAAGCUAGCAACAAAGAUGGUCAUGAAGUAAUUACAUCAUCAUCCAUCAAGAUAGAGGAUUGAUUUAGUACUACAAUAGCAGAGCAAAGGGACUACUUCAUUGUGUACUAACUCAUGAUCAAUCUCUCCAACAUGUUCUAGCUAGAAACAUUUAUUCAUAUCAUUUUUAGCUUUCUAGAAUCUUAAUUAGUACCUAGGAGGAGGAAGAAGAAAAACAGAAACCAUCCUUCACAUUCAUUGUUUUAUUUAUUUUCAUGAUUCAUAUUGCAUUUUAGGUUAAAGAAUCAAAGAGAAGGCAUUGGUGGCUUUUUCUGGAUUCUUGGAUUGAUGCAGAAAGCCUCAUUCAACAUUACAUUAAUUUGGGGAUUUAUUUUUCAUAUUCAGAAGAAAUAUUUUAUGUCUUCUUCUGAACCCAAACAUGAUUUUAAAGCUUCGGAUAAGCUUGAAAUCUUUUUUUUUUCUUUUUCACAUUUGUAAUUCUUGAAAUUGUCUUUUAAAUCUCA